GGGCGAUGCUGCGCUGCAUGCCCCCGCUGUGGCGCUGCAACCGGCAGGUGGAGGCGCUGGACCGGCGGCACUGCUCGCUGCAGGCCGUGCCCGACGACGUCUACCGCUACAGCCGCUCCCUCGAGGAGCUCCUGCUCGACGCCAACCAGCUCCGCGAGCUGCCCAAGCCUUUCUUCCGACUUCUCAACCUGCGCAAGCUGGGCCUGAGCGACAAUGAGAUCCAGCGCCUCCCUCCCGAGGUGGCCAACUUCAUGCAGCUGGUGGAACUGGACAUCUCCCGCAACGACAUUCCAGAAAUUCCAGAAAGCAUCAAGUUCUGCAAAUCCCUGGAAAUUGCGGACUUCAGUGGGAACCCCUUGUCCAGGCUCCCGGAGGGCUUCACUCAGCUGCGCAGCCUGGGGCACCUGGCCCUGAACGACGUCUCCCUGCAGUCCCUGCCCAGCGACAUUGGCAACCUGGCCAACCUGGUGACCUUGGAGCUUCGUGAGAACCUGCUCAAGUCCCUGCCUGCCUCCCUCUCAUUCCUCGUCAAGUUAGAGCAGCUGGACCUGGGUGGCAAUGACCUGGAGGUGCUGCCAGACACGCUGGGGGCGCUGCCAAACCUGCGGGAGCUGUGGCUGGACCGGAACCAGCUCUCCUCUCUCCCCCCGGAGCUGGGCAACUUGCGCCGCCUGGUUUGCCUGGAUGUCUCCGAGAACAAGCUGGAGCAGCUGCCUGGGGAGAUCAGUGGGUUGGGAGCCCUGACGGACCUGCUUCUCUCACAGAACUUGCUGGAGAAUAUUCCUGACGGGAUUGGCCAGCUGAAGCAGCUCUCCAUCCUGAAAGUGGAUCAGAACCGGCUGGCGGAGCUGACGGAGGCAAUUGGGGAGUGUGAGAAUUUGUCGGAGCUCAUCCUGACAGAGAACAUGCUAGCGGCCCUGCCCAAGGCCUUGGGGAAGCUUGCCAAGCUGACAAACCUCAACGUGGACCGGAACAGACUGCUGGCGCUCCCUUCAGAGAUAGGAGGCUGCAGCAGCCUGAACGUGUUGUCUCUCCGUGACAACCGCCUGGAGUUCCUGCCUGCGGAGCUCGCAAGCACCACGGAGUUGCACGUGCUGGACGUGGCAGGCAACAAGUUGCAGCAUCUGCCUUUUGCCCUGACUGGCCUCAGCCUGAAGGCUCUUUGGCUGGCAGAGAACCAGUCGCAGCCCAUGUUGAAGUUCCAGACCGAGGACGACGAGAAGACCGGCGAGAAAGUGCUCACCUGCUACCUCCUGCCCCAGCAGCCAUCGCCCAGCCUAGAGAACCUUCUGCAGAACAGCAUGGACGAGAGCUGGACGGACACCAACCUCAACCGUGUCAGCGUGAUCCAAUUUGUGGAUGAACCCAAAGUGGACGAAGAGGAGGAGGAGGAGUUUGGAACCGAGAGGAGGGGUCUGCAGCGUCGUGCAACCCCUCACCCAAGUGAGCUGAAGUCCAUGAAGGAGGCGAUUGAAGGACGGAGAAGUGAGGCGUAUGCUGCCAGAGUGGGGGCUGACCGGGACUCUUCCAGCACAGGGGAGAAAAGACUGAGUGCCACAUCCAACCAAAGUGAGGAGUCACAGAUCUCCAGCAGCACGAUCUCUGCUGGCUGCCAGGAGGAGCCAGGGAGGAACGUGCAGCAGACAGCGGGGCUGGAAGAGUCGGUGAGCGCCGGGGCCGAGAAAGAGGCAGCAGCAGCAGCAGAGAAGGGCCAGCGACAGAGCAGAGAAGAAGAGGAAGCCACAGGAGACCAAGAGGAAGAGCUGGAGGUGGAGUACAAUGAGCCCUCCGUGCGUUUUGCCGAAGACACUCUUGUCCGCAGUGAGGAUGAUGAAGAGGAGGAGCGCCGGUUUCCAGCAGGGAAGCAGCGGUUGAUCCGCAAGGACACCCCCCACUACAAGAAGCACUUCAGGAUUGCUCAGCUGCCGCAGCCGGAGGCAGUGGUGGCCCUCUUGCAAGGGUUGAACACGGAUGGAGGGGCCCCUGCCAGAGAGGAGGAGCUACGCAAGAACGGGUGGGGCGACGAGGAGGCUGAGACCCCGGCUCUUCCGCCCUCUGUCAAGGGGGUGUCGUUUGAUCAAGCCAAUAAUCUGCUGAUUGAACCUGCUCGCAUUGAGGAGGAAGAGCUGCCUCUGACCAUUGUGCGGCAGACGGGGGGGCUGGGCAUCAGCAUCGCAGGGGGCAAAGGCUCCACCCCCUACAAGGGAGAUGAUGAGGGGAUCUUUAUUUCUCGUGUGUCAGAGGAAGGCCCGGCUGCGCAGGCGGGGGUGCGUGUGGGAGACAAGCUCCUGGAGGUGAACGGAGUCUCGCUGCACUGUGCCGAGCACCACGUGGCAGUGGAGGCCCUGCGUGGCUCGGGCAGUACCGUCUCCAUGACGGUGCUGCGGGAGCGGAUGGUGGAGCCCGAGAACGCCAUCACCGUGACGCCCCUGCGGCCUGAAGACGACUACAGCCCCCGGGAGCGGCGAGGGGGCAGCCCGAGCUUUCCCGAGAGGCCUGAGGGGGCGCCCCCCACAGAGCGGCUCUCCGCCUGCCUGAUGCGCAACGAACGGGGGCUGGGCUUCAGCAUUGCCGGGGGCAAGGGCUCCACGCCCUACCGGCCGGGGGACACGGGGAUCUUUAUUUCACGGAUUGCGGAAGGGGGUGCAGCACAUCGGGACAGCACCCUGCGCGUGGGAGACAGAGUCCUCUUGAUCAAUGGGGUAGACAUGACAGAAGCCAGGCAUGACCAGGCCGUAGCGCUGCUUACGGCCACCUCGCCCACCAUCACGCUGCUGGUCGAGAGGGAGGCUGCCGCUCCACCCAGCGAGGGAGACCAGUCCUUGGGGCAGCGAGUGCGGGUCCACUCCCCGCCACCCCCCGCCCAGCAGGGGAGUCCGCCCGAGGAGUCCUGCAGUAGCCAUCUGCCCCAGGCCCUGGAGAGCCAGUACCCUGUGGAGGAAAUAUGCCUGGUCAAAGCCGGGGGGCCCCUUGGGCUCAGCAUUGUAGGGGGCAGCGACCACUCCAGCCACCCCUUUGGGAUCCAGGAGCCAGGCGUCUUCAUUUCUAAGGUGAUUCCCCGGGGACUGGCGUCCCGCAGCGGGUUGCGCGUGGGGGACCGGAUCCUGGAGGUGAACGGCAUCGACCUCCGCCACGCUGCUCACCAGGAGGCUGUGAGUGCCCUCCUCUCCAACACACAGCAACUGAGGAUGGUGGUCAGGCGAGACCCACCCCCGCCCGGGAUGGAGGAGAUCUGCAUUGAGAAGAGGCCUGGGGAGAAACUUGGGAUCAGCAUCCGAGGCGGUGCCAAGGGCCACGCAGGGAACCCCUUUGACCCCACAGACGAGGGCAUCUUUAUCUCCAAGGUGAGCUCUACUGGCGCUGCAGCCCGUGACGGCCGGCUGAAAGUGGGCAUGCGUAUCCUGGAGGUGAACCAUCAGAGCCUGCUGGGCAUGACCCACGCCGAAGCGGUCCAGGUCCUGCGUGCCGUCUGCGAUUCCCUCCUGGUGCUCGUCUGCGAUGGGUUUGACCCCAAGGCAGUGGCUGCCCUGGAGAUGUCCCCCGGGAUCAUCGCCAACCCAUUUGCGGCCGGCAUGGGCCGCAAGAACAGCUUGGAGAGCAUUUCCUCCAUCGACCGGGACCUCAGUCCGGAGGAGCUGGAUCUGCUGCAAAAGGAGAUGGAGAUGGUGAGGGAGACAACCCAAUGGGAGAGGGAAGAGAAGGAGAAAGUGGAGCGGAUGCGCAGGCAGCGGGAGACAGCCGCACAGCUGCUGGCGGAAGCCGCGGAGGACGUCUGCACCGAGCCCCUGCAGCUGGACUACCGCACCCUGGCGGCCCUGCCCAGCAGCGGCCUCCCAAAAGCCGCCCCCCGUAGUCUCCCCUGCUGUGAAAUGGAAAGGGACUUCCAGGUGCCCCCUGCGCCAGAGACUCGUGUCAUCUACCACGCCCCUACCUCAAGCCCGGGCCCGAUGAGCAGCGUAGCCGUCUCGGCAAGUGGGGCUUCCCCUUUGGGUCAGCCUGGCAUGGAGCAGGGCCAGGAGGAGCAGAGCUUGGUGGACUCCCAACCCAUCCCCUUCAGCGCCAACCCCUUUGUCGUGGCUAAUCGCCAGGGCAAAGCCACCGGGAAGGCGUGCUUGGGGGGUCCUCCCCUUGGCUACGGCCAGGGCGGAGUCCUGAGGACCAGUCUCUAUGCCAAGAUGCUGGCAGGGGAGACCGAAUUGGGCCCUGUGCGGCGAGACUCUUCUUACUCUCCCGGAAGCCAGCAACCAACUGCUGCCCCCCGGCCUGCCCACCUGGUGGGCAGAGAGACCCGCUUUGCUGCCCCGCACUGUAUUCCCACCCACCCCGAGAGCCAGUCGACUAAGCCGGGGACCAUCCAGCCCCUGUCCCGGAUGCGGCCGCCGCCAGCUGCCUCGGAGGGCAGGGACAGUCCCAAUCCAUUCCAGCAACCAGAGCCCUGCUCCAGCACCCACAACUCUUCCCCCAGUCCUCCAUCACCAGAGGAGAUCUCUCUCAAUACCAAGCAGGCCUACAAAGCCUUUGCAGCUGUGCCAGUUUCGCACCCGCUCCUGGAGCCGGAGGAGUUGCAGAGCCAGAAAUGUCCGGAGAGGCCGCAGGCCCUGUCAGAGGUGCCCCCGCCAGGAGGUUCGCAGAGCCCGGAGCAGAGGUCCUUCCGGGAACGGCAGAAGUACUUUGAGGUGGAGCUGAAGCAGCAGCAGCCGGCAGAGAAGCCCCCCAAGCGGGUCUCCUUGGUUGGAGAAGAGGACUUGAAGAAAAUGAAGGAAGAGGAAGCUCGCAAGCUGCACCAGAAGCGAGCCCAGAUGCUGGAAGAGGAGGCAGAGCCAGAGGAGGCGGAGGCGGGAGAGCGGCCAGAGGACAUGGGGGCACAGUCGAGCAUCAUGAUUGAGGGAGUCGAGUACAAGGUCGAGAAGCUGGAUGAAAGGGCUUUCCUAUCCCCGGCCACUUGGGCCCCAGAGCCUGAUGGACUCACUGGCUCUCAGAGGAACUCCCUUGAGGGGGGCUCGAGGCCAGAGCAGCAGCCCCCUUCCAUGUCUGGGCUGAGCCCCGUUUAUCCCAGAGGGGGAGAGUGGAGCAUGCCGGUGAGGACAGCCAAGGCAGAGCGGCGGCAUCAGGAGCGCCUGCGCAUGCAGAGUCCGGAGCUCCUCGGUGCUCAGGAGACGAGGGAGCUUUCUCCCGCAGAGCGGCGGGCCCUGGAGGCGGAGAAGAGGGCCAUGUGGCGAGCGGCACGCUCUUCCACCCUAGAAGAGAGUGUUAAACAGUACGAGCAGGACCUGGCCAGGAGGCUGUACCAGGCCCGGCAACAGGCAGCAGGGCAGGGCCCAGUCAUGCGAGCGCCCGGGCCUGCAGGCCAACCAAGGAUGAAGUCUCUGGAGCAGGAUGCUCUCAAGGCCCAGAUGGUGAUUGCCAAAUCCAAGGAGGGCAAGAAGCGCAGCACGCUGGAGCAGCUGGCGGAGUCCCCCUCGCCCGCUCCCACGCCUUCACCCACACCCCUGGACGACUGCAGCCCCCGGAGUGUCGCAUCACCAGGCAGGCUGUCUAUGCCUGAAAAGAAGUUUGUCUACAGGGAAUUUGCUGCCAUUCCUUCUUCCAAACCUGUUUAUGAAAUCCAGGUACACGCAGCAUGGAGGGUGGGGUAG